AUGGACGAGUUUUCGGGAGUGGAUAAUUUAUCCGAAAGUGAUUUUAGUAUAUCUGAAUCAAUCAAAUCGUAUCCAACUUUCGCGUCUAUGGGGAUAAAGGACAGUCUCCUAAAGGGGAUUUAUGCUUACGGAUUUCAAAGACCUUCUCUUAUUCAGCAAAAGACUAUCAAACAAAUAAUCGAUGGGAGAGAUGUGAUCGCACAAGCUCAAAGUGGGACUGGAAAAACUGCUACAUAUAGCAUAGGAACCCUACAAAACAUUCGUGCUGAGGUUUGUCAGAUCCAGGUUCUGAUCCUGGCACCUACUCGCGAAUUAGCUGUCCAAAUAUACCACGUAAUAUCCUCACUAUCUGAUUACCUUUCUAUCAGAUGUGUGGCAUGCUGUGGAGGACGAAACAACACAAUGCAAAUGGCUCGCGAACUUGAAAAAGGUGUCCAUGUUGUGGUUGGAACACCAGGUCGAGUGUUAGAGCUUCUUCGACAAGGUAAUCUACGUGUUGGAAAACUCCGUUCCUUGGUCUUGGAUGAAGCUGACGAAAUGCUGAACAGAGGCUUACGUGAUCAGUUAGAAGAGAUAUAUCGCCGCCUCCCAUCUCAUAUUGGUUGGACAAUAAAAAAUCGCUUAAUUCACCUUGAGCUGUUUCAAAAUUUCACAUCCAACCCAAUUCGUGUUCUUGUACCAAGAGAUGAACUUAGCCUUUCCGGUCUUCACCAGUUCUACAUUGAUGUUGGCUCAGAAGAGUGGAAAUUUGAAGCUUUAAGUGAUCUAUUUUCUAGUGUUUGUGUCUCACAAACUGUUGUUUUUGUCAACACAAGGCGAAAAGUUGAAUGGCUUGCGAAUCAGUUAAAUCGAGAAGGUUUCACAGUUGCUUCCGCUCAUGGUGAUCUUGAUCAGGUUCAACGAGAGUCAGUCAUGAAACAGUUUCGUUCCGGUGAAUGUCGUAUUCUAAUUAGCAGUGAUAUGUGGGCUCGAGGUAUUGAUGUCCAGACAGUUGGCUUAGUUGUGAAUUUUGACUUACCAACAAAUGCAAGUGAAUACCUGCAUCGUAUUGGUCGUUCUGGUCGCUUUGGACGCACUGGAUUGGCUGUUAGUUUUAUCGCUGAUGCUGAAGAACGUAAGCAGCUUUUGGAAAUUUGCAAUUACUAUCAAAUCGCCAUCCCGCCAGCACCUGCACGUUUGGACAAGAUGUUAUUAACUAAUAAUUGUGUACAAAACUCACCUAAAAAUGUAGAUCAAUCAAAAGAUCCCCUUCAUCAAAUUUUGAAGGCCCCAAAAUGCAAGAAAAAACGAAAGAAGAAAAGGAAACGCAUCAACACUAUGAAAUGA